CCCUUGGCCCCUUAUCCCCCCAAUUUUCAAAAUCAAAAUUUUUCAUUUGCUUCGCUAGCUGCACUGUUAUCAACUCACCUCGUACCCUUCAGCCAUGAGUGUCCCGCCACUUUACUAUGAUACCUUUGAGGUUCUCAAAUCAGACUGCUCCCUCCCCCUAGAAGCUUCCCUACAUUGCCUCAUUCGCUCUAUCUCUUGUACUCUAAUCAACAUGCGCGUAGUAAUCAAUUCUCAACAAUGUUCGCCUACGACUGGAACCGCUGAGCUUUGUAGUCAAGAUGUAGAUAAAUACUUAAUUCCAGUGCAACCCAGUGAUGCAGUAUCUGAGACCAUUCGAAGGUUUUCACGCAUUAUUGAACAGAUAGAUAGGGGAAUACUCAAUCGAAUGCUUUUGCUAGAAGAUAAUCACAAACAUACGGACUUGGUUUCGGUUAAUUCUGCACGCGGAACACUAUGCUUCAAGAGGUCGAUGUGGGGAAAUGCUCAAGCCCGAAAGCUUACUCUUCAACUCUCAAGAAAUCUUAAACGAGUCGGCUCUCAGCUUGAGUCAUUCGUCUAUUGGACAGAUAACUUCCUUCUGGCUAGCUUGGCCGAUUCCACUCGCGAUGAUGUAUCCAAUGGCGACUUUUCAAAUUCGAAUCAUUCCCAACUCGAGCAACCUUUCAAUGAUCUUAUUGAUGGUUGCGUAGACAUCGCGCAAGCCGGGUGGUCGAUAAGAACCCAACUUGCUCAAGCCCACGCGAUUCUCAGGGGACCAUCGAGCCUAACGCUACAAAACAGCAACCGCCCUUCGUCGCUUUCAUGUCGUCCCCGAAAAUCAACAACCGCGCUAAGAUCAAAACCAAAAUUGCAGUACGAAGUGGGAGAGUCUUUGGGAAGGCGUUUGCGACAUCGGUCAGUGCGGAAGUUUCUACCAAGGAAGACAACUGAUGUCAAUCGCUCCAUCGCCAGAUUGACAGCACUUCUUGAACCAGAUAGUAGCCUGAAAAUCAUCCGAGUAUCUAGAUAUCUUCUUGAAAAGUCCCAUUGAAAUUGUUUCCUUGCCCCGUCGCAAUUAAAUUCUGCCUAAUGUACAAGCUUCCGUGCUCGCCACCAUGAUGAUAGUUUGUAACUGGCGACUUUGUGAAAAGAAUGGUGAAACUGCAUACUGAAUAAAAC